GCACCCGCCACAGCCGGAACCACAGCUCCCACCAAAGCCGGAACACAGCCCCCACCACAGCCGGAACCACAGCCCCUACCUGUCACUGCCACACCCUCAUCACAGCCCCCAACAACAGGAAUACAGCCCCCGCUACAGCCCUAUCACAGCCGGAAUCACAGCGCCUACUAGUCACUGCCACAGCCGGACCACAGCUCCCUGCUAUCACUGCCACAGCCAGAACGUAAACUCCCGUUAGUCACUGUCACAGCCAGAACCUCAAAUCCCAUUAGUUACUGCUACAGCCCACACUAGUCACUGCCACAGCGGAAACUACAAUCACAUCGGUCACUGCCACACCCAGAACCUCAACCUCCAUCGGUCACUGCCAUAUCCGGAACCUCAACUACUAACAGUCACUGCCAAUGUGGAAGUAGAGCCUCGCGUCGGUCACUGCUAAAGCCGGAACUACAGCUCCUUCUCAACACUGCCAAGGCGGAACUCAAGUUCCUGUAAGUCUCUACCCACGAACAUGUAUUAACCAUAGAAUCAAAGGAUUAUCAGUCGCUGCCAUUCACGGGACUACAGCAUGCGGUAGACCCUGCCAAAGGCGAGGCAAAGGCACUCAUCAACCAUUGCCAUAGCCUCCUCACUCCCACCGGUCACUGUGGAACGUAACACCCACCUGUCACACAUAAAGCCAAAGGAAGUUGUAAAAAAGAGCGAAAGAUGCGUAUACCAAGUAGCCAUCGCGCCCGAAGCCACAGUGUCCAUCAGGGCGCAACUCAGAGCCACCGGCAGCGGCGGCGGCAGAGGGCUCAUCGUCCGAGCCAGAGCGCUGCUGCCUCCAGCCAUCGACAAAGACGAAGUACAAGCCUCUACUUCCGGCAGCAGCAGAGGAGUCAGAGUCCUCAUAGCAGCUACCAGGAAAGCCCCAGUCCAGACAGUUCCCAGGACCGUUCCCAAAGACGUAGCCGAAGUACCAGAAGGAGGUACCGGAAAAGGAGGAGUCACAGUGCCUAUGACAGCCGCCGGAGAGGAAAAAGCCCCGCCUCACCAUCGAGGUAUCCUAAAACUCGAAGUGAAAGCCAGAAACGAGGCCGCCCACAGAGUCAAAGUCCACGUAGGAAGCGUCGCCACUGGUUUAGCCAAAGUCCUCAAAGUCCUCGCCAGCGAAGGAGUCGAAGUCAACAGAAGAAACACCGCCGGAGAAAGAGUCAAAGCCCCCAACACAAACGUCGUCACUGGUACAGCAAAAGUCCCCAGAGUCCUCGACAAAGGCGGAGCCGAAGCUACCACCAGGCGUACCGCCGCAGAAAAAGUCAGAGCCCACAACGGAAACGUCGCCAUUGGUUCAGCGAGAGCCCAAAAAGUUCUCUCAAGAGACGCAGUCGAAGUCGGACUCAACGCUACAGACGGAGUGACAGCCCUCGACGAAAACAACGUCAAAAACGAAGUCCGAGCCCCUACAGGAGGCGUCGUCACUGGUUUAGCCAAAGCCCUCCUAAGGAUCGCCGUAAGAAGCGGAGCAAAAGCCCUCGUCGUCAUAAAAGCCAAAGCCCCCAUCGGAAGCCUCGUUACAAACGAAGUCCAAGUCCUAAAAAAUAUCGCCAUCGAAGCCAAAGCCCUUACCGAAGCUCUUAUCAAAGAAGAAGCAAGAGUCCUCGCCGGAAACACCACUGGUUCAGCCAAAGCCCGGAGACCAAACCUCGCCAACGUAGGAAGAAGAGAAGUCAUCAGAGCUAUCGACAAAGGCGAAGUCAAAGUACCCACCAGAGCUACCGUCAGCGGCGCAGUCAGAGUCCUCAUCCAAAGUACAGACAUAGGCGGAGCAGAAGCACUGAAAUGAGCAGAAGCCAGAGCGACUACCACAGCCGUAGCCAGAGCGUCUACGAGACCAAGAGCCAAACCACACCAAAAAGUCCUCGGGAUAAAACAAGUUACAAGCACCUACCAAGAGUCAAUGGAACUGGUGACAAAUUGUAAACUAAAGACAACGUUACCAAACACAGCGAGGUGGCGAAAAAGACAUCGAUUAGCUUCGACAUCAAGUGCACUGACUUUAAUACAACGAAGCUAAUUAGAACUGACAUCACAAUAGUGUAAAAUAAUCAAAUCAUUAGAACUGUCAGCGGGUGUACACAAAAAACUUUUAAACUGACCUACCAUAACUUAGAACGUUGACUUCAUCCAACUAACUUAUAAUCUGGAGUAAUGAAAAACUACAAGGCCCGUUCUUGAAGAGGAACCACAAGAUAUUGAGAUAAUUCUAGAGGUGACGCGAACAAAACCCACUCGAGGGAAACCAAAGGAAGAAUAAAACCAAUUCCAGACAGAGCACAAGAACACUUUGGCCAACUCCAGAAGAACAGAAACAAAUCAGACCAGUUUCAGGAGGAGCAACAAGAAAACAUUCAGGCCAGUUUCAGGAUAAGCAACAGGGAAACAUUUAGACCAACAUGAGAGGAGGAAAAGCAAAGAUUCUAUCAGACCAAUUCCAGAAGGAUGACCGAGGAAAGAAUCUUGUUAAUUCCUUGAGAAAACACAAUCACAAAGAAACACAAUCACAGAGGAAAACAAAAUCACUGACGAAACAAAAUCACACAAUCCGGCUAAUUCCAGACAAUAAGAACAACAGGAUUAGAAAAAAACUAAAUAAUUGAGGGAGUUCCAGAAGGAGUGGUGGCAGCAGAGGCAAGACAUCAGACCAUCUCCAACAAAAGAAGACAUCAGACCAUCUCCAACAAAAGAAGCCAUCAGACCAU